AUGGAUCAGCAAUUUCUAACUCAACUUGAACAGACUCUGAACGCUAUCACUUCUGGUGUUGGCUUGAAGGAAGCUACAAAAACUCUGCAAACACAAUUUUACACUCAACCCACGACUUUGCCGGCCUUGAUUCACAUUUUGCAAAAUGGUUCAAAUGAUUCCUUGAAACAAUUAGCUGGUGUUGAAGCUAGAAAAUUAGUUUCCAAGCAUUGGAACGCCAUCGAUGAACCCACCAGAAUUUCUAUCAAGACCUCUCUUCUACAAACUGCAUUUAGUGAGCCAAAAGAAAACGUUCGUCAUUCCAACGCUCGAGUAAUCGCUUCUAUCGGUACUGAAGAAUUGGAUGGUAACAAAUGGCCUGAUUUAGUCCCAAACUUAAUUCAAGCUGCUUCUGGCGAAAACGUUCAAACAAGACAAACCGCCAUUUUCAUCUUGUUUUCUCUGUUGGAAGACUUCACCUCUUCUCUCACCGGCUACGUUGAUGACUUCUUGGCUUUAUUCUCCCAAACUAUAAAUGAUCCUGCUUCUUUGGAAAUCAGGUCAUUAUCUGCCCAAGCUUUGAAUCACGUCUCUGCUUUAAUUGAAGAACAGGAGACCAUCAAUCCCGUCCAAGCUCAGAAGUUUGCUGCUUCAAUUCCUUCUGUGGUCAAUGUCUUAGAUGCUGUUAUCAAAGCAGAUGAUACUCUAAACGCUAAAUUGAUCUUUAAUUGUUUAAACGAUUUCUUACUUUUGGACUCACAAUUAACCGGUAACUUUAUCGUUGAUUUGAUCAAAUUGACUUUGCAAAUUUCUGUCAACACAGAAAUUGAUGAAGAUGUUAGAGUUUUUGCUCUUCAAUUCAUUAUUUCUUCAUUAUCCUACAGAAAAUCCAAGGUUUCUCAAAGCAAGCUGGGUCCAGAAAUUACUAUGGUUGCUUUGAAGGUCGCUUGUGAAGAAAUUGACGUUGAUGAUGAAUUAAAUAACGAAGAUGAAACUGCAGAAAAUGAAGAAAAUACUCCUUCUUCUUCAGCUAUCAGAUUGCUGGCCUUUGCUUCUUCUGAACUGCCACCAUCUCAAGUUGCUUCUGUUAUUGUUGAGCACAUUCCAGCUAUGUUACAAUCUGCCAACGUAUUCGAGAGAAGAGCUAUUUUAUUGGCUAUUUCCGUUGCUGUUACAGGAUCCCCAGAUUAUAUUUUGUCUCAGUUUGACAAAAUCAUCCCUGCUACUAUUAACGGUUUAAAGGAUAGUGAGCCCAUUGUUAAAUUAGCUGCCUUGAAGUGUAUCCAUCAAUUGACUACUGAUCUACAGGAUGAAGUUGCUAAAUUUCACGAAGAAUAUUUACCACUGAUUAUUGAUAUCAUUGAUUCUGCUAAAAACAUUGUAAUUUAUAACUAUGCGACUGUUGCUUUAGACGGUCUACUUGAAUUCAUUGCUUAUGAUGCUAUUUCUAAGUAUUUGGACCCGUUAAUGAACAAAUUAUUCUAUAUGUUGGAAAGCAAUGAAUCCUCCAAGUUGAGAUGUGCAGUUGUUUCCGCGAUUGGUUCCGCUGCCUUUGCGGCUGGUUCUGCUUUCAUUCCAUACUUCAAGACUAGUGUUCAUUACUUGGAAAAAUUCAUCCAAAACUGUUCCCAAAUUGAAGGUAUGAGUGAGGACGACAUUGAAUUAAGAGCCAACACUUUUGAAAAUAUCUCUACUAUGGCUAGGGCCGUCAGAUCGGAUGCCUUUGCUGAAUUCGCCGAGCCUUUGGUUAACUCUGCUUAUGAGGCUAUCAAAACCGAUUCUGCUAGAUUAAGAGAAUCUGGUUAUGCGUUCAUCGCAAAUUUGGCUAAAGUUUACGGUGAAAAUUUUGCUCCUUUCUUGAAGACUAUUCUUCCAGAAAUUUUCAAGACAUUAGAAUUGGAUGAAUAUCAAUUCAAUUUCGAUGGUGAUGCUGAAGAUUUAGCUGCAUUUGCUGAUUCUGCCAAUGAAGAAGAAUUACAAAACAAGUUCACUGUUAACACUGGUAUUUCCUAUGAAAAGGAAGUUGCUUCUGCAGCUCUAUCCGAGUUAGCAUUGGGCACUAAGGAACAUUUUUUGCCAUAUGUCGAACAAUCCUUAAAAGUUUUGAAUGAACAGGUUGAUGAAUCUUACGGUCUAAGAGAAACAGCUUUGAACACCAUCUGGAAUGUCGUUAAAUCCGUCUUAUUGGCUUCUAAGGUUGAACCAGAAAGUUAUCCAAAGGGUAUUUCUACAUCUACAUACGUAAAUGCUGAUGUCUUGGCAGUUAUUCAAGCCGCCAGAGAAACCUCCAUGGGUAAUCUAAGUGAUGAAUUCGAAACUUCGAUGGUCAUUACUGUUAUGGAAGAUUUUGCCAAUAUGAUCAAGCAAUUUGGUCCUGUCAUUAUCAUGGAUAAUGGUGAUUCUUCCAUGCUGGAAGCUUUGUGUUUACAGGUCCUAAGCGUUUUGAAGGGCACACAUACUUGUCAAACCAUUGAUAUUGAAGAGGACGUUCCAAGAGAUGAAGAACUAGACGCUUCUGAAACUGAAGCCACUCUACAAGAUGUUGCCUUGGAAGUUCUUGUCAGUUUAUCCCAAGCCUUGGCUGGUGAUUUUGCCAAGGUCUUUGACAAUUUUAGGCCAGUUGUUUUCGGGUUAUUCCAAUCCAAAUCUAAGAAUAAGAGAUCAUCCGCCGUCGGUGCCGCUUCUGAAUUGGCUUUGGGUAUGAAGGAACAAAAUCCUUUCGUUCACGAAAUGCUAGAAGCCUUAGUUAUCAGAUUAACCACCGACAAAUCUUUGGAAGUUAGAGGCAAUGCUGCUUAUGGUGUCGGUUUACUGUGUGAAUAUGCAUCAAUGGACAUUUCAGCCGUUUAUGAGCCUGUUUUGAAAGCGCUUUACGAGUUAUUAAACGCUGCCGACCAGAAAGCUCUGUCAGCCGAAGAUGACGAAGCCACCAGAGAAAUCAUUGACAGGGCAUACGCUAAUGCUAGCGGAUGUGUUGCCAGAAUGGCUUUGAAAAACGGUGCUUUGGUUCCAUUGGAACAAACUGUGCCAACAUUAUUGACACAUUUGCCACUACACACUGGUUUUGAAGAAUACAAUCCAAUUUUUGAAUUGAUUAUGAAACUAUACCAGGAAAAUAGCCCUGUUGUCACAAACGAAACUCCAAGGAUUAUCGAAAUAUUCAGUGUUGUAUUCAAGAAAGAGCAUGACAGGAUCAAACUAGAAAAGGAAUCUACCCUAGGUAGAGAAGAAAAUAUGGAAAGAUUGAAGCAAUUUCAAACCGAAGAGAUGAAACAUAAGGUUAUUGAAUUAUUGAAGUACUUAAACACUACCUAUAACGGAAUUGUUGCUCAAAACCCUGAUUUGGCUAGCGUCAUUGCUUGA